GUAUCAUUUCCCUAAACAACUUAGGACCAAACUGUACUUCAUUUCCUCAGUUCUGCAUUUCUGCGGAGGCAGAAAGAAACACAGCUCUUGUAAGAGUUGUGAUAACUUUUUAUUAUACUAUGUAUACGUAUGGAAUAGCAUUAAAAAACGAACUAGAGAAGGAUGUAAUAAAUUAGACAUCUCUUCAUUUUAGAGGGAAGAUGGAAACAACAUUGCUUUUCUUUUCUCAAAUAAAUAUGUGUGAAUCAAAAGAAAAAACUUUUUUCAAGUUAAUACAUGGUUCAGGAAAAGAAGAAACAAGCAAAGAAGCCAAAAUCAGAGCUAAGGAAAAAAGAAAUAGACUAAGUCUUCUUGUGCAGAAACCUGAGUUUCAUGAAGACACCUGCUCCAGUAGAUCUGGGCACUUGGCCAAAGACACAAGAGUCUCCCCUGAAGAGGCAGUGAAAUGGGGUGAAUCAUUUGACAAACUGCUUUCCCAUAGAGAUGGACUAGAGGCUUUUACCAGAUUUCUUAAAACUGAAUUCAGUGAGGAAAAUAUUGAAUUUUGGAUAGCAAAAAAAAAAAAAAAAAAAAGCAAAGGACCUCAACAAAUUCACCUUAAAGCAAAAGCAAUAAAAAAAAAAAAAAAAAAGACUGAUGCUCCAAAAGAGGUUAACCUUGAUUUUCACGCCAAAGAAGUCAUUAAAAAAAAAAAAAAAAAACCUACCCUCCACAGUUUUGAUGCUGCACAAAGCAGAGUGUAUCAAAAAAAAAAAAAAAACAGUUAUACACGUUUUCUGAAAUCUGACAUCUAUUUAGACUUGAAAAAAAAAAAAAAAAAGAGACCAACAAAUCUUAGGAGACGAUCACGCUCAUUUACCUGCAAUGAAUUCCAAGAUGUACAAUCAGAUGUUGCCAUUUGGUUAUAAAGAAAAUUUAUUUUGCAAAAAAAAAAAAAAAACUUAUACAUCUGCUUCUAACAUAUCGCAUGUUUAUGUUAAGAUCUGGCCCCAUCCUUUAAACUGAAAUAUGUCAUGUGAAAUGAUUUUAAAAAUGUAAAAACUAAAAAAAAAAAAAAAAAAAUACAUACAGUAUCUGCCAGUAUAUUCUAUAAAACCUUCUAUUAAAAAAAAAAAAAAAAAUAAUCAGAAAAAAACUUAUUUCUUAAUUAAAAGGCAGUAGAAAAAAAAAAAAAAAAAAAAUAAGAUUGUAGAGUUAAGUAAAAGUUAAGCUUUUGCAAAGUUGAAAAAAAAAAAAAAAAAAAUCUAGUUGGGAUUUUUUACAAAAGCGGCAUAAUAUGUGUUAAAAAAAAAAAAAAAAACUCAGAUAUCCAAAUGUUCAUAUAGCAUCUUCCAUAAUGAAUGUAAAAAAAAAAAAAAAAUAGUGCAGAAGUGAUCUGAUUCUUACAAUGGGAGAGGAAGAACAUUUAUUAUUGGGUUACUACUAACCCUGUCCCAAGAAUAGUAACAUCACUUCUAGUUAUAAAAAAAAAAAAAAAAAAUUUGUGAAGACACAUUCAUCUCUACAGAACUUCAGUUUAAAUAUAAUCUAGAUUAAUGACUGAGAAUAAGAUCCACAUCUGAACUCAUUCCUAAGUGAGCAUUGAAAAAAAAAAAAAAAAAAAGCACUUCUGUUGGUCACAGAAACAUGACUAGAUUUUGCAUAAAAAAAAAAAAAAAAAUGAGUAGACUACCUUAUCACCUGCUAAGAAAACUUGCUACUAAAAAAAAAAAAAAAAAAAGGCUUGAAUAAAAACCAGAGAAGGGUUUGCCCAGGAGGUCUCAUGUUUGGCCCUUUGGAAUUGUGGGUAGAAAUCAGAAACGAGAUGAGGGGAAGCAGCAAGGAAAAAAAAAAAAAAAAAAUUUGGUCAUCUACUGCAUUGGUUCAUAUUCAGAAAGUGUUAUCAAAAAAAAAAAAAAAAUGUUAAACAAAUCUGCUUAAGUAAUUAUUAUUCAAAUAAGAUUAAAAAAAAAAAAAAAAAUGUUACUGUUUUAAAGAGAUAUUUAAUUUUAAAUGUGUUACAUGAAAAAAAAAAAAAAAAAUUUAAAAAUGCCGUGCAUUAGGCUUUGGAAACAUAAUGUUAGUAAAAAAAAAAAAAAAAAAAACUUUAGAUCGUUUGUAGUGAUAAAUAUUUUUAACUUCAUUCAUACAGUUAAGUUUAUCUGACAAUAAAAGCUUUCACUGAA